UCGGACGGAACCAUGGUAGGGCUGUGUUGGUGCCCUUGCAUCGCAGAUAAUCUAUUGGCAUGGAUGAUCCUGAGCACUGAUAAUUCGGACUGUCCGUGUCUAUCUACCACCUACGUAAGUAUCGCCGUGAAACAAGAGCUCCUUCCCCUGUGUCACUGUCACUGCCACGGCCGUUCAUCCCGGAGUCAGGAUUCAGGUACAGGACAUAUGUCAGGAGUUAGUAGUGUGCUUCAGAGUGACUGGCCGUACGACCUUAAGUGAGACCGAGACCUGUCCGUCUGUCAAGAUCUAGAACCCAAACCAACGGCACUGUGAUGUGAUGCGACGUGAGGCGACGUGAGGCGACGCGAUGCGAUGCGACGAUAUCCGAAUCCUAAGCUAUAACUACUCCUUGGGUAGGCGGAGACAACCCUCCGCAGGGCCGGUGGAUUGGGAUUUUGAUUUUCUGUAGUGAGUGAGUGAGUGAGGUACCUGGGUAAUGAUGGAGAUACGCUCACUGAUCCUCGCCUAGUGCGCCACUCAGCUCCGAGCAAGAAGUAUUGUCUCCCGUCUCCAAGACCGAUGGAGCAGCCAGAUACCCAAGAGUUGAGCCCGGGAGCCGCUCCCCGGC